AUGAUCCUACAACAGGUGCUGAAGAAGGUAGUAAUAGGAAUGGUUAUAUUAGCUUGCCUACAGAGAGCUAAAGCAGAACUAGACAGAGAUAUACGAAGGGCAAGGCUUUAUUGGAAAAACAGAAUGGAACAUAUAAAUAGAGAGUUUCAAGUCCGCAGUGAUUUUUGUGAUAGCGCAAAUUCUUUCAUAUAUGACCAAGAAAUGUCAUCUAAAACUCUUAGAGAUAAUCUAGAGGAUGGAGAGAACAAAAUAGUCAACGUAAAGAGGCAAAUAGCAAUUCUUGAUGAGUGCGUAGAGAGGAUAUUAAGCAUAGCGCCAAAAUGUUUAGACAAUAGCAGUGAUUCAAAUAUAGAAAUAAAUGGGCUAUAUUGCAGCUUAAGAAAGUCACUCUUAGAAGCCUUUGAUAGAAAUGACUCAGUAACAGAUGCAAUGAAAGAGCUUGAUUCUUAUCUGCUAGAAGUAGUAAAGGAAUGCAGCUAUAUAAAGAACAAAAAUAACAGCAUACAAGAAUCAACUCUGUUCAAGCUAGCAGAAAAGAACAAGGCAUUUGCUUUGAAUAUGCUGUUCAGUCUUUCUAGAAUAGAACUAUUUAAACCUGCUAAUCUUAUGGAAGAAGAGAUAAAUUACGCAUUUGAAAACAAAAAAGAUUAUCUAAUCACUACGGAUUUCUCAGUCUACAAGAAAGCUAUAAUAGAAUCUAUAAUAGAAGACAUAGAAAAAGGCGAAGUAAACCUGUUUGCAUUAGCUGACAAGCAUUUCUAUAUUCUAUUUAAGUAUUACGAAAUUGAUGCAGAUGUGAUGAAUAUCUAUCUCAACCUGCUAAAAGAGGAUAUGUCAAAAGAAGAGAUAGACCAAUACAUAGACAUC